GGCGCGGGCCUGGCCCCUCCCCAGAUGCCGCCGCGCGCCGGCCGCCCCCCAGUGCGCCGGGCCUCCCCGGGCGCCCAGUGCGCAGGCGCCGGCGGUGAGCUCCGACCGUGCGCCGGGCUCGAGCGCGGUUGGAGCGCGCGGCGGCGGCAGCGGCCCCGCGGACUGACGGACGGGCGGACGGACUGGCCACGCGCCAUGUCGCCCUGCACCUUCUGAACUCCGAGCGCCCGAGGAUGUCUGCGCUGAAGAAGGCUCUGGUACCACGUGAGGCACGGCCCUGAGCCCCGUGCGGCUUCACAGCACCUGCCGCUGGACACCCUCGGCCUGUCCCAGCCCAGCCACGAUGGGGACUGCUCAGGUGUUGCCCGGCAUUUUGCAGAAGCAUUGCUGUAUCUUACCAGACAGGAAUACAGAGUCCCAGUGCACCCUCUGCGGGGAGCCGGAAGAGGAAGAGGGCGGGGACCUGGUCCAGCCCGGCAUCAGCUUCCCGGGGCCGGCAGAGGACGAUCUAGACCAGCAGUACUCAUGGUCCCCAACGCAGCACUUCAACGAAGGAAGAUAUUCCCCUGCUCCUAGGAACAUGAAGGGGCUCCCCGGGGGCCGGACUCAGGCACAGUUGUGUUCAGGCCACACCUGUGGCCUGGCGGCCCCCGAGGACUGCGAGCACGAGCUCCUGCACCAUGGGCAGGAGGCGAGGCAGCCCUACCUGCUCAGCCCCGUGGAGAGCUGCCCCAUGGACCACCACCGCUGCUCCCCCGGGAGCUCCGUCCACUCCGAGUGCAUGAUGAUGCCCGUGGUGCUGGGUGACCACAUGUCCAGCAGCACCUUCCCCAGGAUGCACUACAGCUCCCACUACGACACGAGGGACGAUUGUGCCGUGUCCCACGCCAGCAGCAGGGUCAACCGCAUCCCGGCUAACCUUCUGGACCAGUUUGAGAAGCAGCUGCCUCUGCACCGGGACGGCUUCCACACGCUGCAGUACCAGAGGACGUCCACGGCCGCCGAGCAGCGCAGCGAGAGCCCAGGGAGGAUCCGACACCUCGUGCACUCUGUGCAGAAACUCUUCACCAAGUCCCACUCCCUCGAGGGCUCUUCCAAGAGCAACGUGAACGGCACCAAGGGUGACAGUCGGGUGGAGGACCAGCACCACGGCCACCACCCAAAGCACGGCAGACGGAGUAAGAGCAAGGAGCGGAAGCCGGAGGGCAAGCACAGGCCGGGCACCGGCAGCUGGUGGAGCUCCGACGACAACCUGGACAGUGACAGCACCUGCCGCACGUCCAGCGUGGCCAACAGGCACCACGUGGACCACGUCUCCCACUGCUACCCCGAGGUGCUCCCGGGCCCCUUUGGGGAUCUGUCCCUGAAGACGUCCAAGAGUAACAGUGACGUCAAGUGCUCGGCCUGUGAGGGCUUGACCAUGACGCCCGACACCAAGUACAUGAAACGGAGCUCCUGGUCCACGCUCACCGUGAGCCAAGCGAAGGAGGCUUACCGCAAGAGCUCCCUGAACUUAGAUAAGCCCCUGGUCCACCAGGAGGUCAAACCAUCCUUGAGGCCGUGCCACUACCUGCAGGUGCCACAAGACGAGUGGGCAGGGUACCCCACGGGCGCCAAGGACGAGGAGAUCCCCUGCAGGAGAAUGCGAAGCGGGAGCUACAUCAAGGCCAUGGGCGACGAGGAGAGUGCCGAGUCCGACUCCAGCCCCAAGACGUCCCCCACCGCGGCCCUGCGGCCAGAACCACUGCUCAAGCCCAUGGGCCCCCGGCCGCUGGCAGACCUCCAAACCCAGAGCUACCUGCAAGCUACAAGCGACGUGCCUGCCGGCCACGGCCUGGACCCCUCAGCCAGCUACAACUCCCCGAAAUUCCGCUCGCGGAACCAGAGCUACAUGAGAGCCGUCAGCACCCUGAGUCAGGCCAGCUGUGUGAGCCAGAUGAGCGAGGCGGAGAUGAACGGGCAGUUCGAGUCGGUGUGUGAGUCGGUUUUCAGCGAGGCCGAGUCGCAGGCCAUGGACGCCCUGGACCUCCCCGGCUGCUUCAGAACCAGGAGCCACAGCUACCUCCGGGCCAUCCAGGCCGGCUACUCGCAGGACGAGGAGUGUGGUCCGGCCUCAACGCCCCCCAACACUGCCGCGACCAUCCGGUCCGCAGCAGCCGUCUCCUACGCGAACUACAAGAAGACGCCGCCGCCCGUCCCCCCGCGCACCACCUCCAAGCCCCUGAUCUCGGUGACCGCGCAGAGCAGCACGGAGUCCACGCAGGACGCCUACCAGGACAGCCGCGCCCAGCGGGUGUCCCCGUGGCCCCAGGACAGCCGCGGCCUCUACAACUCCACAGACAGUCUGGACAGCACCAAGGCCAUGAGCCUUGCCCUGGAGACGGCCGCAGCCCAGCGCCUCGCCUCCGAGGGCCAGGGCAGCUCCGUGCGGACCAGCGACAAGUCCGUCCUGGUGUCCAAGGCCGAGGACUUCCUCAAGAGCAGACGCUCCUCCAUCGGGAUCCAGGAUUCCGAAUUCCCAGAACAUCAGCCAUACCCAAGGUCAGAUGUGGAAACAGCCACAGACUCCGACACGGAGAGCCGGGGCCUUCGGGAGUACCACUCUGUCGGCGUCCAGGUGGAGGACGGGAAGCGACACGGGCGCUUCAAGCGUUCCAACAGUGUGACCGCCGCCGUGCAAGCGGACUUGGAGCUGGAGGGCUUCCCGGGACACGUCACCAUGGAGGACAAAGGCUUGCAGUUUGGGCCGUCCUUCCAGCGGCAUUCGGAGCCCAGCACGCCCACCCAGUACGGGGCGGUGAGGACUGUUCGGACCCAGGGGCUCUUCAGUUACAGAGAGGACUACAGGACCCCUGCGGACACUGCCAACCUGCCACCGCCGGACCCCUGGCUGGAGCCGUCCGUCGAGGCGGCGGACACCGGGAGGAUGUCCCCGUGCCGGAGGGACGGCUCGUGGUUUGUGAAGCUGCUGCACACGGAGACACAGCGGAUGGAAGGCUGGUGUAAGGACGUGGAGAGAGACGCGGAGGAGAACGACCUCUCGGAGGAAAUUCUCGGUAAGAUCAGGAGUGCCGUGGGGAGCGCGCAGCUUCUGAUGUCCCAGAAAUUCCAGCAGUUUUAUUGGCUGUGCCAGCAGAACAUGGACCCCAGCGCCAUGCCGAGACCCACGUCCCAGGACCUGGCGGGCUACUGGGACAUGCUGCAGCUCUCCGUUGAGGACGUCAGCAUGAAGUUCGACGAGCUGCACCAGCUAAAGCUCGGCGGCUGGAACGUCGUGGAGUCGCCGGAAAGGAAGGAAGAAAGAAAGGUGCCCCCUCCGAUACCAAAGAAGCCCCCCAAAGGGAAGUUUCCCAUCACGAGAGAAAAGUCCCUGGACCUGCCGGACAGACAGCGUCAAGAGGCCCGGAGGCGGCUCCUGGCGGCCAAGAGGGCGGCGUCCUUCCGCCAGAAUUCGGCCUCGGAGCGCGCGGACAGCAUCGAGAUCUACAUUCCCGAGGCCCAGACGCGUCUCUAGGGACGGCCGUGGCCCUGGCCACCGUCCUCCCUCUGCUUUGUAACAAAAUGCUUGUACAGUUUCUCACCGGCCCUUUAACUUCCCUCCCGUUUCUCCGCCGAAGCUGCCCGUCGUGUUCUGUUCCACGCACACGAAUGCUUGGACUCCGCGGUUCGCCGAGCUCGCGGCAAGAACAGCUUCCUCCUCUUCGUCUUCCCCCGGAAGGUCUGACUCUCCGUCAGCUCUGACGGCGACGCGUGGGGACACCCCUCCGAGCCACUCUGUUCUCAGAGGAUAACAAGAAACACCUCGAGAGAUGGAACCCGGCUGACAUUUUGUUAUUUCUAUUUUUAUAAAUCGUGCGAUAGCUAGAGGCCAGAGUAACAAAUAGCAAAAUGAGUGGGUCCGUCUCACCGACCCCCGGGGAGGCGCUCCCGCUCGGAGGGCGGCAGAGACAGACCCAUCUGCCCCCUUCCACCUGGGGGCACUUCUCCCCAAACCCAGCUGACCCGUCGCCAGGGUCCUUGUGCCAAGUCUCCGGUGCCGAGAAGCCAUGUCUCCAGGCCCCUGGCUCCCUGCCGUGCAGUUCUCCAGAAACCCAGGGGAUUCUGCAUUUGAACCCAUUCAAAACGCCCAGCCCAGCGUCUACACCAUCCAAAAAUCCGCUGCCUGUCCAUUCACACAAGGGAGCGACACAUGAAGAGAGAGCGAAGUCGGACGAACGGCUGGUGGUCCCAGCAGGCGUCUGGAACGCAGCGGCGCGGUCGCCCUCUGACACCGAACUGGCUGUCGGUCUUGUUCCUUUGUGGCUUACAUCACACAGUCUCGGCUCUGCGUGUCCCCAUCUCUGUACGUGUGAUUUUUUUACAGAUGUAUAUAUAUCCUCAAACUGUCCUGUCAUUCACUCUCCAGGGUACCCCCCGAAAGUCUGCUUGUUUAGAAUGACAGUUGUGAUGUUGUGCAAAGUUCAAGAACCAUGAAUGAGUGGUCAGUGUCUCGGUUUAAGUGGUGAAGAAGAAAUGUAGUUUACAGUCGUAUUUCUCCAGGAUUCUUCUGUCCUAUGCAGUAUUGCUGAAGUCAAGGAUCUAUUUCUUGCCUGUUUUAAACAUGAUGAAGGAAAAAACAGGUUACAUAGGAUUCCCAUCUGUAGACUCUAAGAAAAGUAAGUAGUUUUAAGAAUUCUGAUUGGCACCAGAGAAAAGCAGGAAGGAUUCGAAUGCACAGGAUCCCCGUCGGUGCGAUCAGAUGGAGGCGCGGUGACUGUCCCUCCAGUGCUUCUCGUGUCCCUGCUCCGACACGUCUCCGGAGGAAGAGCCUGUCGCGCUUCUCCGCCCGACCCUGAGCUCGGCGCGCUCGUCGUCACGCCAGGCAGAAGCAGGAUGGCACCUGGAGGCGGGCGCGAGCCCCGAACCCAGGCCUCCCCGCCGCCCUGGGGGCUCCGUGCAGAGCAGCCCCGCUCACCCGCUGUAGCACUUUUCCCUCGGCUCGACCGGCACUUUACCUGACCCAUCCCCGCUUCGCCCGCUGGCGUCAGCAGCACCCAGUGGGGUCCCGGCCACCCCCAGGCUUCCCUCCCCUCACACGCCACAUUCCAGAAGCUUGGGUUCGUGGGGGCACAGUUGGUAUUAAAGCAUGGUUAGCUUCAAAGUUUUACUUUUUUAAAGCUGAGUAGUUAAGAAUGCCCUGUAAGUACAAACCCUGUAAAUUGAGCCUCGUAUCUGGUAUAUUUUACCAAACAGCCUUAAAAUAUAUUUGGAAGCAAAAAUCAGUACGAAUGUAUAUCCUUGAAAAAAUGCAAAAAAAAAAAAAAAAAUCCCUGAAAUAUUCUUGUAUCAAUGCACCCUCCUUCCCCAGAGAAUUGAAAGCGUUCUUUUCUACCUGAGUAAAUACCUAAACACUGAGUAAGGGACAAUAAUGAUGCUUCUCCCUGCAAUCACUGUACUCGUUAAAAACAAGCAUACUCGCAAGUAUUGGCAUUUCAGACUUAAAAAUGACGUAUUACUUCAGGUGAAAUGCUCUUUGGAAACAACCCAGAGAAGUAAGAGGAAGCGUAAGACGCACACACGGAGGCCAGCGGCGCACCUGUCCCCAGGCAGACCGUUUCCAUGCGCUUGUACAAAACAUAGAACAACAAAUUAUACAAUUAGACAAUAAUUAUUCUAUGUCCCAGAUUCUCUGAUCCUGACUUCAACGAAAGUCUUCACUGAAUUUGGCGUUUUUUUUUUUUUUUGCGUGUUGUAUCCUCAUUUUUUAUCUUAAAACCCCCAUAAGUCUCGGCCAAAACGUCCGAGAUGAGCAAAUUAACCUACCACUAAAUUCAACAGCAGCCGCUAAUGCACGCUGGGGGACGUGUGCGAACCCCGGUGUGGUCCACCAAGUCCCAAAGAAGGUCGUGUGACGGACGCGCAGCCGCCGCCGCCGCCGGCGCUGACAGGCCGCCCUGUCGCACUCCCUGACGAAGUGCAAUACGCCAGUUCUCGCACGGGUGACGUCCCCCGCAGUGCCGGUGGCGAGCCGCGUGGGCUCGGUGUGCGCGUCCAGAACAGGAAAGCUGUCUGGGAUGGGGCGUCAGUGCAGCUAACCUCCUCCAGGCCCUGCAGGCACCACACCCUGCGGAGCCACGGUGCGACCCGUCACCGCACUGCGGAGACGGUUCCAGUGAAGACCGCGCCAGCCAGAGAGCAUGGCAGGAGACACCCGCACACCGCGCCCUGUGGCCAUCGUCACGGAAGGGAUCUCAGGGUUCCCGUGCACCCCGUAGCUACGUUCCUGGAGGACACGGCCUGACUGUUGGGACCCUGCGUGGGAAACGGUAUGGCUCACGGCCACGAGCUGACGUUGCCCCACUGAAGGCUCCGGGUGACUCGACACCGAAACACGAGGACGAGGAACAGCAUCCUGAUGUCCCCCAGACCCAGAGAAGCCAAAUGUCACCUGUCCACAAGAGCACUUUCCAUGUAACCCCCCCACGCCGCCUCACCCGUCCUCACCAUGUGCCACAAAAGCGUUGCGCCCCGAAACGACAGUUACGGCGUUCUCAGCAAACGUGGGGCGCCGUCCCCGCAUGGUGUAAGGAAUGGAACUGUGGGAUGAUACCAAAAAUUCCCAUUUCUGUUUGAAGGAGCCGUGGCUGUGCUCCCCUCAAGGUCAGUACUAAAGACUCCUAGAGCGUUGAAGAGCAAAGUGUAUCAUUAGAGAAAAAAUUACAUUUAAGGGUCCCUCUUGUCAAAAAAAAGCCAAACCAGACCACUCAUAGCCACAAAAUCAGUGACCCGCAAAGUGGAGGGGCCCGUUGUGCAGGCUCCCGCCGAUGCAGCCAGACGUGCCAUCGGAAGACAAGCCGUCGCAGGGCUCGCGGCCGUGGGGCGGCCGUCCUCGCGUCGCGGUCCCCGUCCCUGCUUGCCUCACCUUGCCACUUGCCUUUCUGAGCACCGUCUCCCUGCCUCACGUCAAGCCCCCCGCUGUGUGUCUGCUCCCUUGUAGGGCCACCGGUCACCGGGCCCGACAGUCACCCCUGCGCCACCCCACUCUGGGCCGGGAUCUCCGGAGAGCUGUGGCGCUGCCGCCACACGGUGACCGCGGAGUGCACAACUGUCAGGACAGCUGUCUGGUUCGGGCCGGAACCCCUGGUGGCGAGGAGGGAGGUCUCAGGGAGUCGUGGUCUUUGCCAGACUGUCAGUCAAGCCAGAUGUCUCGUGGCCCAGGGUUUGGAGGCCAAUGGAGCAUCUCAGGGGAGAGGCAACCAUGCUGAGCCCCUUCUGUCGGGAAGAGCCACCAGCCCUGUGCCCAGAGCCCUACUGGACAGAAGGUCCGGCGGCGAAAUUGGGGAAAUGCUUAGGAGCCCGUGCGUCCCCAAGCUGAACAGCGUCCAGGCUGGUGUUCGUGAGCGCGGGGACCAAACCUCCUCGUGGGGCCAGCAACAGGAAACACAGACACGGGACAAGUCCCACGGGACAAGUCCCACCCUGCGGGAGGGCACCCGGGAACGGCCUUUGACCCCCCUUCUGAAAACUGGAACGCUCCUGCCAUCAAGCACAGAUUCUGUUCCCCCCAGAAUCGGGCCUAAAUGGCUAAAUUCCGCCUGAUGCCAUGUGCUGCUUUCUUCUCGAGCCUUGACCACUGAUUUUUUUUUUUCUUUCUAUUGCAAAUUUAACUUAUUAAUCAGGUAGCUGCGGGCCAGGGUGCCCACCCUGGACUCCUUUGGAACUUCCUGCGGGUUCUCUCGUUUUAAUCUGCGCAUUUGUUUACACUUUAUUUGAAAGUUUGGGUCGAAUACAGGAGUCCAAACCUUGAAAACAGAUUAGAAAAGCAGGAGUGGAGGUGAUGGAGAAUGUAGUUGGCUGCUGAGGGCUAACCUGGCCGCCCCUGACUCGGCAACCUGCCUGGUCCGGGGCCCAGGCCAUGCUGACGGUCAGGACGGUGUGGGUAGUGAGCGAAGCACUGGAGAAGGGGGCCUCACACGCCCCUGCUCCAUGCCUGGGUGCAGAGCAGCUGCAGAAAGUUCUGGAAAUGAAUGGCCAGCCGGCUGUUCCCAUGCCCCAGCUCCAGGUCAUACAUCAGCCAGACGAAACUUCACGUCGGCUCUCUGCUAUCCCUUGUCUCCCUCACAGAUCGAUGGUGAAGACUGAGGCCAUGUGGGCUCUAAUGGCCUCCAAGCUCUUCGGGAGCAGGAGUGAGCCGCCGUGGCCCUGGUGCCAACCACCCCCCGCCAGGUGUGCGACGCUUGCCAGCGUCAGGCCCCUUCAUGAGUAUCUCAGAGGACCAGCACCAACCAGAAUUAGGCGGUGGGUUUUUCACCCUCACUCAGGCUCAGCUGUACCCUAGAUGCAGGGAGAGAGUCCGGGAAGCACGGUGGGGAUGAAGGUCGCGGAGGCGGGGAUGAAGGUCGCGGAGGAGGGGCUCGCCUGGACGCAGUGGGGCAGGCCGGCAGGACCGCCGCAGGUCGUGAAGCUGCCCUCGCAGCCCGG